GAUAAACUUUAGUGUAGGUAGCGGCUCUCAGGCAGCCUUUUGGAGAGGCCUGUCUGUAAAACUAUAGAUUUGUUUAUGUAACCAAUUUCCGCCACUACUAAUGGCGCGAGACUUAAUCGGACCGGCACUACCGCCGGGCUUCAAGGCUCAUGGGACAGCGGAAGACGAAGAGCGGGACUCCAGCCCAGUUGCAGGACCAGCUCUACCUCCUAAUUAUAAAGGCAGUAGUUCAGAGUCAUCAGACAGUGAUGAAGACAGUAGUUCUUCGGACGAAGGAGGAAAUCAGGAAUCUGAAGAAGAUGACACUGGCCCAAGCUCAAGAAAACAGAGGAGAACUCAAAACUGUGAUGAUGAUGAAGGGUUUUUUGGACCAGCCCUUCCUCCUGGAUUUAAAAAGCAAGAUGAUUCUCCUCCAAGGCCUAUAAUAGGUCCUGCAUUACCACCUGGAUUUAUUAAAUCUACACAGAAAAGUGACAAAGGCAAAGAUGAUCCAGGAACAGUAUCAUCAUAUUUCAACUCUGAGGGGACAGAUGGCAGUGAAGAUGAAGACAUUGUUGGACCCAUGCCUGCAAAGGGACCAGUUAACUAUAGUGUAACAACAGAGUUUGAAAAACGGGCCCAGAGAAUGAAAGAAAAACUGACUAAAGGAAAUGAUGAUUCAAAUAAACCAAUUACAAGGGAAUCGUGGAUGACUGAGCUUCCUCCAGAAAUGAAAGACUUUGGUCUUGGGCCCAGAGCUUUUAAGAGAAGAGCAGAUGACAAAUCUGCAGAUCGAUCAAUCUGGACAGAUACCCCAGCUGACAGGGAAAGAAAAGCUAAGGAAGCACAGGAAGCAAGGAAGUCAUUCAAUAAGACGAAUGAAGAACAUGUAUUAUCUGGAAGAGAUAAGAGAUUGGCUGAGCAGGUAUCCUCAUAUAAUGAAUCAAAAAGAUCAGAAUCUCUUAUGGACAUUCAUCAUAGAAAAUUAAAGAAUAAGGCUGCUGAAGAUAAAAAUAAGCCCCAAGAAAGACUGCCAUUUGACCGUGACAGGGAUCUCAAGGUUAAUCGGUUUGAUGAAGCUCAGAAAAAAGCCCUAGUAAAAAAAUCUAGAGAACUAAACAGCAGAUUUUCACAUGGCAAAGGCAAUAUGUUUUUAUAAGAUUCUGUCCCUACUCCUCAGCCUGCUUUCCUUUGACUGGACUUCAUUCUUAGGACUUCCUAGAUGAUGACAAAUGUGGAUAGCAACACCUCUAAUGUGACCUACCAGCUUAACAACUCAACAAAAAGAUGACUCCUACAUCAGCCAAAACCCAAGGUUUGAUAAUACUUAGUUCUAAGGACCAGUUUUGGUCAGUUUAUUCCAUCUUCAGGAAACACAAUACCCAAUAGCCCAGGCUGGUUCAUGUCCACACCCUUGGAGCCAAAGGAUGGAGGGUAAUUUCCUAAAAGAAAAUGAAAGUUGUGUAACUGGGAACACCAUAAACACAUGGUACAAAGACAGAACUGAACCAUCUGAUACUUGCUGUGGUCUCCAUCCAAUAGUUGAUUCCCACCAGUUUCUGAUGAGAAUGUAUUUUGUUUGCCAAAAUGGGAUAUCACCCGCCUACUCGUCAGCUCAUCCCAGUUUGCCAGUGCUUGUGUUUGAGCAUUGUAGAUCCUCUCUCAGUAUCUUUGAUUCAUUCUCCAUGGUUAUGAAUCUGGGUGCAGAUAUGAAAAGAAGAAGCACAUAUGCACUGAGGUGCUUUGGAGAUGGCUUAACCAGGGUAGGGUCUAGUAAUGCCACAUUUGCCGAGCUGGGAAGAUAAAUGGCUAUGCAAAAGACUUUGAUGCCUGAUGCUCCAAGGCCCUAGGUUCAAGCCCCAGCACUACCAUAAGCCAGAGCUGAGCAGUGCUCUGGUAUACUAAUAAUAACAACAGUAGUAAUAAUAAUGCCACUACCAUACUUGUCAUCUGCUUAACCUGCGUCCAUGAAACCCUCUGAUAACAAGAAAUACAUCUAGUACAAAAAAGAUGAGCAAUGAAACUGUCACAGCCUAUUCGCAUUCUGCUGCAAUUUAUAAAUUACACUAUAAUCUAAAAUCACCUAUUUAGCCUUUUCAUUUGCAAAAAAAAAAGAAA